GUGCCCUGUGGGUCAAACAGCUUCUCCGUUCAAAGACUUCGGUAAGUGGCAGUGAUCACUGCGGGAUUCAGACACCGGGACAACUGUAACGGAAACAUUGUCCCGCUCCCUUCGUACAUUUCUAUCCAUUGGAAGUCUGAUGUUUUAACCUGCCACCGGCAAACGCCUGCAUUCGGGAGGGUUUGCGGGAAGAAGCAUAAAUACCGAUCAGUUUUGACAUGCAACACUUUCAGCCUUCUGCUUCAUUUAACCAGCCGGGCUGUAGUUCUGGAAUUACUUCAUAAACACACCAUCCUGUUGAUGAAAAACCUGCAGAUUCUGGAUAUCCAAAAUAAAAGCAGAAAAUGACUGAACAGGUCAGGCAGCAUCUGGGAAGAACCAAAGUUAACAUUCCAGCUUGGUGACCUUUCACUAGAGCUGGGAAAAUGUGGAAAUCAAGCAAGUUUUAACCUGCAAAAGAGGAAGAAGAGCUGAAAAGAUAUUUUUGUUGAAGACAGCGGAGUUGACAAAGAUUGAAGAUGUCAUUGAACAUAACCUCCCUCUGUAAAAAUGAAGAAUGGGAUAGUGAGCUGUUUCUUUACGCAGUUGCAUACGGAAUAAUUGUCAUUCCUGAUCUUGGUAACAGUGUGGCCUUGUGGGUCUUAACUGGGAACAUCAGAAAGGAGAAGAAGGCAGUGAUAUUCAUGAUAAACCUAGCCAUUGCUGAUCUGGCACACAUGUUGACCUUGCCCUUGAGGAUCUUCUACUACAUAACUCACACCUGGCCUUUUGGAAAAUUCAUGUGCUUAUUUUGUUUCUAUCUAAAGUUUGUUAACAUGUAUGCCAGCAUUUUAUUUUUAGUUUGCAUCAGUGUCCAACGCUGCGUUUUCUUAAUCAGUCCAUUCAAGUAUAGCACCUGGAGACGAAGGUAUGAUGUGGGCUUCAGUGUUAUUGGAUGGGUGAUUGUUAUUCUGAUGUGCCUGCCAUUCCCCAUCAUGCGGAACACAGGAUCGUUCAACAGCUCACUCUGUUUUGCAGAUCUUCCCAUGAAGCAAGUCAACCUGACAUCUUCCAUAUUUAUGCUAACAGCAGCAGAAUUACUGGGGUUUUUAGGGCCCAUGAUCAUCAUCAUUGUCUGCACUUGGAAAACUGCAGAGUCUUUAAGGGUGGAGUCAACACUGCCCAAUGACCGAGGUGGAAAGAAAGCUCUAAACUUGCUGCUGAUGUGUGCAGUGGUUUUCCUGAUUUGUUUCGUUCCCUAUCAUGUACUCUUCCUGCUCAACCAGCUCAGACAGUUGAACUUCAUCACAGAUUGCUCUGUGAGGAAGAAUAUCGUGAUUCUGCAUUCAUUGUCAUUAUGUGUGGCAAGCAUGAAUGCCUGCUUGGACCCGAUCAUCUAUUACUUUGUUACGAGUGAAUUCAGAGAGCAGCUGUCACGAACAGGAAGCUUCCUCGUGCGGAGUCGCCACUUGAGCAGGGAAAGUACCACCAGUCGGUAAUCUCUGAUGGGCUCAGACACUUCCAUUGUAAGAUCAGGGUUUAUCUCUCUCUGUGCCCCAUCUCAGCGCAAAAUGCCAGUGAGCUUUUUAGAGGCAAAAGCCAAUGUAAUGGGCUGCAUAGUGGACUGAACAAUCAAUGCAUCAUAAUUUCCAUCCCAUGCAAGAAAGAUUGCAGCAACCAGCUUUACUUGCCAGCAGUGCUUUAAUAGCCAGGUAGAAAAAAGUUUCUCAUUUUCCUUAAAUAUUUUUAUUUUCUCUCAGUGCUAAGCAAAGAUCCAGAAUGAUUUUUCUGUAUUAUUUACUUUAAGGUCAAAAAUGUAAUUGCAGCUUUCAUUCAAACAUUUGGACAGUGACAGCCACAUCAAUACAGUACUGAAAACUCACAACCCAAGCAGAAUCAAGGAGCUACUCAUUCUGAUAGGAAACUUAUUGACAUAACAGGCAACAAUAAUCAUUUCUAAAAGUUGCACUGGUGAUUUUUUCAGGGUAUUACCAUACACCUACAGGUUUUCUGCUACUUUUCAUAGAGUAGCCUACGGUUAGUGUCAGUAGCUGGUUACAUUCAGAGGUGGUCAUUGUGACAUAUUUCAAACAGGGCAUUUACGAUUAGAUUUGAACUUUUGUUUUGCUUCAUACUAUGUGUGCAGGGUUAAAUAUGUUGAUAAUUUGAGAGCUGAAUGUUUCUUGCCAAUGGUUUGGUGAUUUGCUCUUGCUAUUUUGCACUUGAUAAAUGAAUCACGACACAUCUGAUCAAUGAAGUAGAUACCUGUAUUUCUAACAUGAUGCAAAAAGAUUGCAGCUGAGUUUGAACUACAAGAAAGUCACCAUACAACAAAAAGUUAGAAUCCUAUUUUCAUCAUCUGCAUCAUAAAAUAGUUCAUAUGGUAUGUCCCACUUUAGACCCACACUGUCACACAAACUGAAGGAACACGGGGAUGAAAGAAGUCAUUCUGCUAGUCUUAAUAGUUACCUUGCUGAAACAGUGAUGUGGGUAUUUUUCCAGCUAACACCUGAUAAAAUGAAAUGCUAUGAAACCAGGUGAUUGCCAAAACUAUGUUUUUAUAUAUUAAAUGACAAAAAGUAGAGUUGGGAAUAAUAGGACAUUAGGCCUCGGGCACCCAGACCGUAUGUUUGUCAUUUUGUUGCCCUGCUGAAUUCAUAGUGAAGUUUGAUGGUUAUUAGGCUGGUCUGUGUGCAGCAGCCUAUCUGGGCACUGGCAAUGGAUUCUAUUCCAACAGGUGAUUUCUGGGCUUCUAACCAGAUUUGGAACUGUUUCAUUUAAUGGUAUAUCAAUGUAGAACUGUAUAGAAUGUGUAGCACAGAAACAGGCCAUUUGAUACAACUGACCCAGGCCUGUGUCUCCUCCUCCCACCUACUCCUUGUCACCUCCCAACAUUCCAUCUGCGUAUCUUCCACCACUUACUUUCACGAGUCAAGAUGGAGCAUCUCCCAAGAGUUAGAUGUUCCACUGGGGGGAAAAAAGGUUUGCAAGACAAGAUAUGGGGAGGGGCAGGGAAUCAGAGGGCAAAAUUCCCAUCAGGUUACAGGCACAUCUGCUAGUCUCUCUAUAGCCAGAUUAACAAGGGAUGUAGUGGUAGGAGCGAGGAAGAAAUGUUCAGUUAUUCAUGUUUGCAGUAUCCCGUGGGGUUCAAAACUUUAUUAUUCUAGUAUUAAAAGGAUCAAUAUAUAAAUUUUAAGCACUUUGUGACAACAUGCCAGUGAAACAGGAAAUAGAGAGAGCAUUUUUUUAAGAACAUGUGGUUUCCUUAUUAAUGUGUUUUCACAGGUCUGUAAACAAUCAGUUUGAAAGAAGAAACUGUCAACCAUAGGUGGACAAGUAGAAUGUGGAUACAAUCCCACAGAGAUCCAUCUACCAGGAGUAGUGUGUAGUGUUCAGUCUGACAGAACUUGCAACAAAUCUCAGGUUUGGGGUAUGCACCAUAAUUCAGUGCAUGAGAAUAUUGGGCAGAUGGUGACUCCAUAUAUUUCAAAGAAGUGCCUGGGAUUUCCCUGUGGUCUCCUGACUAACAUUAACCACCCAACCAAUGAUACUUGGAAAGAUCAUUGGAUUAUAAUCUCAACAUUUAUUGCAUCAGAGUUUUCAUAUCGUAUAUAAAUUGCAUGCUGUAUUUCCAACAUUACAAGUAUUCAAAACAUAAUGUAAUUAGCUGUAAGAUGCUUUGGGAAAUAUAGCAUUAGUUGUUGAAAAAUUGCAAGUCUUCAUUUUGUUAUAAAUUAUAGUGGAGAGCGAGGCUGCUCUGCACUGUUGUGCCAGCUUUUUAAAAGAUAAGACUGAUUAGUUCCCUUCCCUGCCCACCUCUGCCAUUUCUUUCCCUUUUUGAAGUACUAUAUGCAAUUCUCUUUUGAAAAUCACAACUUCAUCUGAUUCUGUGAUGAUCCCUUUCAUAAGAUUACUCUGUAAUUUGCUCCAGUGAUUUGUGGUUUCCAAGCAAGUCACAGUAAAUUUUCAAAGUGUGGGAUUUUGAGAUUCUUGAUGGUGUUGCCAGCUCAUAUUCCUUGGUUCUGUUUAUUCUCUGAGUUAAAGAGUCUUAGAGCAUGAGUUAUAAAUGUAAGUAGAGCAACUAAAGUUUUAUACAGCACCCUAGGACAUCCCCAAAAGCCAAACACAGCCUUUCCUGAAGGAACUGCAACACCAAGUUGUACAGAGAAAUAUCCCACAAAUAGCAAUCUUUUUGUGACCACGGCACGGUAGCGUAGCAGUUAGCGCAACGCUAUUACAGCGCCAGUGACCUGGGUUCAAUUCCUGUCACUGUAAGGAGUUUGUACGUUCUCCCGUGUCUGCGUGGGUUUCCUCCAGGUGCUCCGGUUUCCUCCCACAUUCUAAAGAUGUACGGGUAGGUUAAUAUGGGUUUAAAAAUGGGCAGCGUGGACUUGUUGGGCCAGAAGGGCCUGUUACCACGCUGUAAUAAAAUUUAAAACAAAAGCAUUUUAUUGCUGUUAAUUGGAUGAAUAUUGCUCAGAAACUCCUCCUCUCCUUCAAGUCCACAACAUUGUUUUCAUCCACUAAAACAGAGAAAGCAGGGUUUUGCCAUAAAUUUUAUCUAUAAGAUGAUGUUACUAACUUUAUAUUCAUUUGUACCAACAUUUCAGCCAAGAUUCUGUACUCCAGAUCGGAAUCUUCUAACUUAGACAAGUGAGUCCUACCAUCAGUGAAAGUGUACAGUGUUAUAGAUACUCGGCCAUGACAAGGAUUUAUUCACAGUGCCGAGGUUGCUCAGUUAACUGCAGAAAUUUUGAAUAAGCUAAUUAUUGGAUUAAUAAAAAAGCAUCUGAUGGGAAUCUGUUCAAUGGGAAAGUUUGUAUCAUGAAAGCUGUC